AUGUUAGAUUCUGAUACCAUUCUUGAAUCAGCCAAAAAAUACAUUAAUCCUUUUUUGUACAAAAGACCAGUCUGGAUGAGAAUUAUGAUUGGAAAUGCCAUACCAGUAAUAUUUCAUACUUAUUCCUAGUUUUUUGCUUCGAUAAUCAUGGUUGAAUUAUCAAAGGCUAAUCAAGAUCUUAGAACUGUAUUUCCUCCUUUCUUAGCUCAUUUUUGUGUAGCAUUUUUUGUUUGUCUGAAGUUGUGUAUGGCUCAUUAAUCCAAAUACAAUCUAAGCACAAAAACAAAUUAUUAACAAAUUUAGUUCGUAGGAUUAAAAUGGUCAAAAGAGCACUGUAACUGCUGA